CGUGGCCGUGAAUGAGCGCGGGGGGCGGGAGCGGAGCGGGCGGGCGGGCACCGCGCUCCCUCCGCGCUCCUCCGCGCUCCCGCAGCGCCGCGCCCCACAAAAGUGCGGGGCCGCCGCGGCCCGCCCCAGCCCAGCCGCCGCCCGGGCCGAGGGGGCGCGGAGCAGCCGCCGAGCCCCGCCGCCCCGCUGCGGGGGGCGCUGCGCCGCGCCGGGCUGGGGUUUUUAUUUCCAAUUUUUGAUCGCAGCUGCAUUUCCCUCCCCCCGCCCCCCCGCGCCGAGGAGGAGCCCCGGCUUUAUGUGGUGCUGCCCGGAGAGCGCUCGGCGGCCGUGAAGUUCUUUGUGUCGCCGUCGCCGCCUUCUUUUUUUUCUUCUCAUUUUCUUUUUUUUUUUUUUUUUAAAUGUAUAACUUCAUGGGUCUGAACAGCACGGCCGUAGCUAUUCAGCCCAAUGUGUCCUGCACAUGCAACUGCAAAAGGUCUUUGUUCCAGAGCAUGGAGAUCAGCACUGAAUGUUUAGGUCGCACCUUUCCAGGUAAACUGGCGGAGUUGGAGUUUGUACAGAUAAUCAUAAUCGUGGUGGUGAUGAUGGUGAUGGUGGUGGUGAUCACAUGUCUGCUGAACCACUACAAACUCUCUGCGCGAUCCUUCAUCAGCCGGCACAGCCAGGGGAGGCGGAGAGAUGAAAACCUCUCAUCAGAGGGGAGCCUGUGGCCUUCGGAGAGCACCAUGUCGGGGAAUGGAAUAGCAGAGCAGCAAAUCUACACCCCGAGACCCGGUGACCGCCUGGCAGUGCCGUCCUUUCUGCAGAGGGACCGCUUUAACAGGUUCCAGCCGACCUACCCCUACAUGCAGCAUGAGAUCGACUUGCCACCCACCAUCUCGCUGUCGGACGGCGAGGAGCCCCCUCCGUACCAGGGACCCUGCACGCUGCAGCUGCGGGACCCCGAGCAGCAGAUGGAGCUCAACAGGGAGUCAGUCCGGGCCCCCCCCAACAGAACCAUCUUUGACAGUGACUUGAUAGAUAACUCUGUGUACGGGGGGCCGUGCCCCCCCAGCAGUAACUCUGGGAUCAGUGCAACCUGCUAUGGGAGCAACGGUAGGAUGGAGGGACCGCCGCCAACCUACAGCGAGGUGAUAGGGCACUACCCCGGGUCGACUUUUUACCAGCACCAGCAGAACAACGGGAUGCCCUCCCUCUUGGAGGGCAGCAGACUCCAUCAUUCACAAAUCAAUGGCCUUGAGAGCACAACUGCGUGGAACAAAGAGAAAGAGAAACAAAAAGGGCAUCCCUUUUAAAAAAAAAAAAAAAAAAAAAAAAAAAAAAAGCAAGAAAGUAAAUGAAACACACUGCACUUCUCGUUAAAAGAAAAAGGGGAGAGUGAGUGAGUUGAGGAAGAUGAGCAAAGGAAAAAAAAAAAAGAAAGCCCUUCCCCAUCUCUCCAUGUAUAAAUAUUUACUUGUUAUGUCUGGUCUGAAUGCACAAGCGUACCAAGCUUGCAAAAACAUUUCUUUAUUGAGCUGUGUCUAGACUUUAAAAUGGAAAAAAAACCCACACCAACUGUAGUCCUUUUUUGUUUGUUUGUUUCUAGUUGAGCUGUGUGUGAAUGCUUUUUCUUUUGUUUAUUUCACUUAUCUUUAAAGACAAAAUAUUUGCACAAAAACAUUUUGUUUAAAGAUCUGCAAUAUAAAUAUAUAAAUAUAUAUUAAAAAUAAGAGAAAGUGUAUGUGUAAGGAGCGGGAGUAUUUUUGUAUUAGAAGAGGCCUAUUCACAAAAAAAAAAGUUGUUUUCUGAACUAGAAGAAAAAUGGCAAUUUUUUGAGUGCCAACUCAAAAAACGUGUAUUACAUUGUAAAAAAAAACAAAAAAAAAAAAAACAAAAAAAAAUCAAAAGCAGGGGUUUAGAGUUAUUUAUAUAAAUGUUGAAAUUUUGCACUAUUUUUUAAUAUAAAUAUGUCAGUGCUUGUGUUGGUCAAAGCCUCUAUCAUGUCUACCAUGAACCUGUUAAGGGAUCUGUGUUGAAGUGAAGAACAAAGUAGCUGGAAGGGGGUGGAAAACGCUGAAGUGGAGAUGCCAGCCCGGGGAGGAGCGGUGAGCGAGACUGCAUCUUAUGCAAAUCCGUAAUUUCCAGAGUCCUUGCGCGUGGCCACCAACAGUCACGGCUCUAUACAUUCCCUACAAAGCAAGAGGAGUCGGUGUGUAUGUGUAUGUUAUCUGGUAGGAUUAUUGGAGUAAAAAGGUAAAAUGAAAACUCCCUGCUUCUAAGAGUCAGUAGCGACUGAAGCAGGCAAAAAUUACUUGAUUUUUUUUUUUUUUUUUUUUCUUCUGGACAGCCUCUAACCUUUUGCGGGGGGUGAGAAUAAACUUCUGUGUCUGAAGGAACAAAGUGGUUUUUGGUUCAUUUCUUUCAAUGUUCAAUUGAAGGGCCAUAUUUGAAGCUAAAGCAGUGAUUAUGGAAGUUCAUCUGAGUAAAUGAUAAUGUACCCACCAGCGGCCUUUCAGCUGGGCUUUAAAUAUCUCAUUGAAAGUACGAGCUGAAAAGUGUGGUUGGUGGUGGUGAAAGUAAUUUUCCUUUUGUAUUAACCUCCCAAACCUCUGCUUGGGAUAAAUGGGUGCAGCCAUGUCUCGCAGCUCCGCCAUCCCCUGGGCUGCCUCUGGUCUCUGCUAUUUUUUACUUUAUUAUCCUAGCUAAAGAGGCAUCAGAUACAGUAGGUGGAAAUGAAUCUGCUCCUGUGAUGUAUUAAUUAAAGUCUAAAGAAAUAUGCUUAACACUUUAGAAGCAAACCCCUUUUACCUCUUCUGAAGAUGUCCUCAUCCACAGCAGCACGGUCCCUCCUGCCCGCUGGGCAUUCUGUGACUUUAAUUUAUCUUGGUUUCGGAAGCGUUUUGUCUUACUAUGCUAUUGUUUACAUUUUUAUAUUGUGUAGGUGUCUGGUAUGUGUUUUACCCUCACAGUGAAUUUGUAUGUGACGGAGUGAGCAAGUGAGGAACCUGAGUGCGCGCGUGAGAGAAAGCAAAAGGGAAGAACCUGUUCUCGGCCCCAUCUCUCCGAGCGCGAGGAAGGGUCGGUAGGGCAACCACGGAGCGCGAAGAUUUUUACAAGGAGGUGUGAUUUAAUUUUCUGUAGGAUGCUAUCUAGUAGAGUGACAUAAAUGAAAGAUAUAAAGGCAAUAACUAUCGUUUUUAAGCAACUUUUCUAUUACUUGAAAAAAACCACAAAAACCACGAGAACGGUUUUGAAGUUCUGACCAUUUGAACAAUAUUUAUAUUUUAAAGAUGAUGAUGAAUAGCUGAACUUGAAGUUUGAUCAUUAUUUUUUGCUUUUUUUAUUUUCUCCUAGAAAUAGUCCUGUACCUUCUCAAUAUUUCAGACUGCUUUUCCACAGCUCUUGAAAUCUUCAUAGCUUUACAGUCAUGUAACCUAAAUUUUGAUGACCUAAAAAAAAAAAAAGCCACAAAAAAAAGUAAUGCAAAGGAAUAAUCUAGUUUGUCAUGAAAGGUACAAAACUGAUGAAUUUAUACGAGUUUUUAAUAUGUAUCUUUCCUUUAUGUAACGUGUCUAUUUAGUGCCUUAUUAAAAAAAUGGUAACCCUCCCUUUUUAGAGAGGGGAAGACAAAAUCAUCGUUAGCGUCACAAGUAACCAGUGUCUGGUCUCUUGCUCCUUUGGACCUUGCAUUCAGUUUUGUGGUCCCUCCUUUCCCGGCAGCGCUGCCCGCGCCCUGGAGACCCUGAGAGCCCUGCACCAGUGGCUGCCUCUCCGCUGUCUCCCGCUGUUCUGAGCGAGCUCCAACUCAGCGAUGCCCAUUGUCCUGCCGGGGAGGUAGGAGACUGCGGUGGAUAUUGUAAAUGAGAUACCAACCAAAAGAGAAACCGAAAUAUAAUAUCUGCUGCCCUCUUGAGCCAAAACGUGUGAAUCGUGGUGUUGGGGUUGGGUUUUUUGGGGAGCUCGGGGUGGGGGGUGGUGUUCUGUGAUCUGAACUGCUUUGUUUGCUACAAAAAAAAAAAUGGUUACCUCCGCAGGUUUUGGGUGGAAUAUGCAUCACACAUUUAAAACUGAGCAGUGAAUAAGGAGGUGUCAUGGGGACCAGAAGUUGUUAAAUAAUGGGUUUGUCUUGUCACGUGCCGCCUUGUCAUGGCCACCAAACCCCACAGAGAAGUCAGGGAGGUGGGCAGGAUCUGGAAAGGCACAGAGGGGUAGUGGGGGAGGGUCUAAAAAUGCAGUGCAAUUAAACCCAGCUCUCACGGUUUGAAGUCCUCAGAAUUUCAAUCUAUUCUCUAGGGUUUUUUCCCUACUUUUUUUCUCUCUUUCCCUAAUCCAUUUCCAGUGUGAGUUUUUAUUUCUCAAACAUCACCUUAGGCAUCUGCAGUUGAGUGACCAGUUUGUUGAGUUCCUGCAUCCAGUUUCAUUUACCGCUUUCUCUAGUUCGGUGAACUUAAUGAGUGUGAAAUGGGGUGGCUCAUCAACACCAAAUUUCUGUUGCAAAUUAUGCCUUUCAGUCCAUGCUGUGCACAAAAACCAAGCUGCCACCUUCACCACUGCUGGUGCAGGUCCCCUGGGUGGGGGGAGCCCUGGGUCCCAGGCAGUGGGUGCAACUUGAGUCCGCCUCGACGGAGCCAGGUUGUCACCUUUUGUCUUUCUUUUGUCCAUCCCUCUGCUUUGCAGUCCGAAGAACUGUAUUUCAAGCGCAGAUAUCAGAUCUAGGGCCCAGAUCAACUCCAAGUUCUGAAUGGGUGUUUAGAAAUAAUGGUCUGUUCUUUUUUAUUAUUAUUAUUGUUGUUGUUGUUGUCAUUAUUGUUAUUAUUAUUAUUACUAUUUAAUGUUACUUUUGGCCUCGGGGUCCAUUUCUUCCCAAUUCCCACAUCCCGUAUUGCCACCAAGGCAGAGAACUUGCUUUGCACACCCUUGCUGGUGUCUCCACUCGUUUCCUUCUGGCCUUCACGCAGCUCAGGAGAGAACUGCGCUAGAAGCUGGACUGCAGUCCUGCUCCGGAGGAGUCUCUAGCGUCUUGCAGCUGCCAGCAGAUUCAGGCCCCUUAAGAAUGAAGAAAGAAGGCAUUGCUAAUGCUUAGCAACCUCCUGUCCUAGCCUGCCCUUUUGCUCAAAGUUUUAGGAGUCACGUUAGCUUUUAAAGGGGUUGUUAAUCCUACAGAGUUUCUUACCUUACAGUAUGGCAAACAGCACCCUUGAAGAGCCCCCAGAUCUUAAGGGCCUGGAAUGGGAACGUGGCUUUGUCGAUCAGGAUGGUGAGGAAGGGUGGGUUUCGUUUGGGGCUGACGCUGGUACAACUUGUGUUCCCUUCACAGCCCUCCAUUUCACCGGUUUGAAGAUUCAGCUUUACUAAUCUCGUGCGUUGUUUCCAUAAGUGUUGCGAAAUUAAUUCUAUCUCAAGUGGGGGUAUAAGGAAAUCCAGUUGCUUUCUGGAGAAUCACCCUUUUGUGUGUGUACUGAACUAUAAAAUUGCACUAACUGCUAUCUUAAAAAAUAAAGAAAUAAAAGCCCAACAUUUUUACUAAGGAUCGGGAAAAGACUGAAUCCAGGUGUAGCGUUAGCAGUGCUAGGCGAGAACAGAAUGAAUUUUUAAUCUCUUCUGUAUUGCUCAGAGAUUUUUCUAUAUACAACACAAAGCUACAAAAAACAAAAAGUUUUCCAGAAACCGCGCUUCAGAUUUUUGCUGUACUAUAGAAGCUCAUGAAGGACAACAUUAAAGUCCUAAUUUGCCUGCCUUAUAGACACAUUUCAUUGUAUUAAUAUUUUCUUAAACUUCCAGUUGCAUUGCUUUGGCUUCGGAGUUUGUUAUAGGCAGUCCUGUAUCCUGAGUUCUGUUCAAGUUUAAACUUAUAUAAACUGUUGACAGCACAUGCAAUGCAGUACUUAUCUAUAUUUUGCUGUUUUAGUAUGAAUAUGUACUCUGAUGCCAAUUUACAAAAUCUGUUGUAAACGCUUAUUGUGUAACAGUAACCGAUAGUGGCAAUUAUAUGUCAUUCUAAAAGCUGCAAUACUUAUACAAUAAAUUUUACAAUACUUUGGAAAAUUUGCCUUCACCUUUUGCUUUGUUACCCAAAAAUCAGAGUUUGCCAACACAAUGUAAUUUCAAAAGCUCUUCCUAUUUUCUUUACAAAUAUUGGAAAAUCAAUUUUCUCAGUUUUUGAUAUUUGUGUGGUUUCCCCCCUUCCUUGUUAAGUAGCCUUCUGAAUAACAGGCCAACCUCUGUAUUGCCACCACAUGUUUCUUCCCGUGAAGCUGUAGCUGGUUCCCAGUGUAUUUGCAUGCUCGGUCCAUGUGUACACAUGUGUGCGUGUACAAUUCUCUUUUCUUUUGAGUAGAUCAGGUGUCACAGCUUAAAUCCCAGAAGAAGCAUUCCUGGUUUACACCAGUAUGUCCAACACUUGCGAUUCUGCCUUUCAGCCAAGAACAUCACCGAUGGUCAGAAGGUCUUAACUUGAAUAACCGUCAGUCAACAAGAACUGUGUAGAUUGACGCGAAUCCUAAGCACAGAUAAUUUGUGUGACUUUCCUUUCUGAGACUGUGGUCAAAUUGCAGUGAUCACAUUAAAAUGAUUGAAAACUUAA